CUGCAAAAAAAUGUUCUUUCUUCAAUUAAUCAUGCUAUUUACAUGGCAGACUCUAACUUUUGUUGAUCCCGUGGCUGCCUUUGUUGGCCACGAUAUAGAUGAUUUAAUAGCAAAGUCCAAUAUUUACUACCAACAACCUGUGACUACGGCAGGAAGUGGUGAAAUUACCGUAAAUGAAUUGGAACAGCUGCCUUCGAAAACGGAUAUUAAAAUCAUUAUUCAUGGAUUUACAAGUAGUCGAUUUCAUUUCUCCGUCACACCGCUUCGAAAUGCAUAUCUCGCCAAAGGUAAAGACAAUGUUUUCUUAGCUGAUUGGUCCGAUGCUGCUGCUCUGGACUAUCCUACCUCACGCAAAGCUAUUGGACAGGUGGGGAAGUACCUCGGACAACUACUAAAGGGCUUUCUUGACAAACACGAGAUCUCCCCCACUGAUGUGCACAUCAUCGGCCACAGUUUAGGCGCACACAUCGCUGGGAAUGUGGGAGACUACUUUAAUGGCAGUUUGGGACGUGUUACAGGCUUGGACCCAGCACUACCACUUUUCACAGCACUCUCUAGUGACGGCUUGCACUCCAACGCCGCACAGUUCGUCGAUGUCAUACACACGGAUUUCCCCGUCUUUGGUGAUGCCACACCACGUGGCAACGUUGAUUUCUAUCCGAAUUUUGGCACGGCACCUCAACCCGGCUGUGGCGAUAAAGAUGUGCUGCUGAUAGCUAAACAAUUGAUAUUCGAACAAUAUAGUUGUAGUCACGAUCGCGCUGUAUUCCUAUACGCCGAAUCAAUUGGUCAACCACAAAACUUCCCGUCCAUCUCUUGCACUUUGAAUGCCAUAAAAAUGUUGAAUGUGAGUAAUUGCCACUGGAAGGUGAAGAGCAUCAGGAAUGAAGCGGUUUUGGGCGAAAUGGCUUUUAUGGGCGAAGAGGUGUCGAAAAGCGCCACCGGGUGUUAUUAUCUGCAAACAAAUGAUGCACCACCCUAUGGCAUGGGAGCUCAUGCAAAGUUUUGACGGCAGUUGGUUUGUGUCUUUGCUAGAGAAAAUAGUUUAGUUUAUAUGUGUGUGUGUAAGUACAGAAGGAACUCUUAAUUUUUUUUGGUUUCCAUUAUUAUUCAGAUGUCAUGCUCACGGCUUAUUGUUAAUUUUUGCAUUUCGGUGGCACCCUGUGGAUAGUUAGUAUACCACUACAGGGUCCACACAUUAUGUCAACUGUAAUUCAUCAUACGUAUGUGUACAAAUAAAUCCAA